AGAGACGUACGAAAGGCGUUUAUAGUCGAAGCUGGCGUAAAUUCGGGAUGAUGACUCAAACGUCGAAAGAGAUCGAAAAUGUUGACAAUUUUUGAUCGGCGCAGUCGACGCGCGUAGUCUUUAUUAUUGGUCGGUCACUAUCAAAGUUCUGCGUCAAUUCCGUGACAACGAGGAGAAGGAACGUAUAACGGUCGAUAACGACGAUGCGGUUUAAAAGAGGGCCGACGUGGCAGCGGCACGUAUUUUCGUCCACGAAAUGCCAAGAAGACGACGAGUCGAGAGCGCAUAGCAAUCACCGGAUGUUAUCAACGUAUAUAUAUAUAUAUAUAUAUAUAUAUAUGUAUAUGUAUAUGUAUAUGUAUAUGUAUGUACGUUGCUCGCGAAAGUAACUCGAUCGGUGCGAAUUCCGACGUACGAACGCGUGUACGUACGAUACGUCUACGCGUAUAUUCGUUUGUACUCGCUUGGUAUACUUUAUGGAAGUAUAAAUCGCGAUAUGACGCUUAAAGUUAAUAAAAUACCAUAUGCAUAACUAUGUUCAUGUGUACGUACGCAUGGAUAUAAAAAAAAAACGCGUACGAGUAAAAUUCAAUAAGGAAAGGCUUAACGCGAAUAAAUAAAAUACACACGUGGAUGGACGCGCGUCUCUCUUCCGUCGUUCUUCAAUCGGGUAUAGGUCAGUAGAGAUUUGGCAACGUCGCGAUGUAGCAGAGGCGGCGACGGCGGCGGCGGCGGCGGCGGCAUAGAUUCCGCUCCGCAACCGCAACCGCACACCCGCCUGGCCGCCAUGAUGCCAAACGAAAUACGCCGUGCAACGGUUUCUCCGCAGUGACGCGUAAGCUACCGUCAACGUAGCAACACGGCCAUUUGCGGCAAGCGUUCCGUACGAUUCUUUUUAUUUUUUUUUCGUUAUUCAUCAAAUCAUUCAUCGUAGAAUUUUUAUCGAGCUAACCCAGAGACCGCAUCAUCGAUUCGUCUCCGAUCAAUCGUCACGUUUUAUUUUGAAAAACAGAACUAUCCAUUUUUGUCCUCUACGCGUAUUUCGCUCGCUUUUCGAUAUUAAGAGGAUUAUCGAGAGAAUCUAGCUUUUGAAUCGAUGAUCGUUGAGAGAAUUGACGAAAAGGAAGAGAGGGGAUAGAGUGACGGAGAAGAGAGAGAGAGAGAGAGAGAGAGAGAGAGAGGGAGGAAGGGGGCGGGGGGCAGAGAGAGAUAUAUUUGAAAAUAUACAACAUGUUUGACACGGAAAGAUUUAUCGAGGAGAUCGAGAAAAGGCCGGCGAUCUACGAUGUGAAUCGUAGCGAGUACAACGACCGUAACGCCAAGAUGAGCGCGUGGGAAGAGGUUUGUCAGGUGAUGGUACCGAACUGGACGCGUUUGUCGGACGAGGAGAGAAACAUGGAAGAAAAGAGCUUGCGAGGGAAGUGGAGAAAUAUACGAGACUAUUUCAUGAAAGAGUUCAAACUGCAGCUGCAAAAAUCCCUUAAACCGGACUCGGUACGCCGGAAGCGGAAAAAGUAUAUGUACUACGACCAACUGCUUUUUCUCAUGCCCACCGUUGAAAACAAGCUACGGAUUACGAAUGUGGCAGGAAAUCAAUGCAAAUCGGAGGAAAGCGAAGGCGAAGGCGACAAUCCAGUUAUAGAAGAAUCCGACGUUCCACUGGCCCACGCUGUUCCGUCUCUAACGACCGGCAGAGAAUAUGUGCAAACCGGUGCUUCUUUCAAAAUGUGUCCACGUUAUCCGAAGCAAUUGUGCGAAACGUCUUUGGCGUCCUUCGAUAAUGAAAUUCAUGAUAUCCUAUCGUCGCACAGCGGUCAACGUGUAGCGAUCGACGAAGAAGAUUACGACAAAAUGUUUCUCUUGUCUUUAUUACCGACCAUCAGGCAAAUACCCGAAGAGAAAAAGUUAGACGUUAGAAUACAAAUGCAGCAAGUAUUGGCUUCGGCCUUACGUCCACCCGACGAUAAAUAAUCGAUCAUUAAGAUUUUCAUUUGAUCGCAACGAACCGAUUGGAUCGACGACCGACAUCUGACAAAGAUUUUAAUUAUAUGCAAUUUCGUCGAACGAGUAUCGUCGAUUCUGUACCUCAAUAUUUUAGAUUAACGAGAAGAUUAUGCGUAAUGAAGCUAUAUGUUUGUAUAUAUAUGGCUAAUAUUAUUGAGAUGCCUUAUGUGCAGGGACGAGUACAAAUCAUAAGUACUGAUUUCUAAUUGUACCAAUUAUGAUUAAAGAGCAACGAUCACGUGGACUGUAAGAAUACUUCUAUCUGUGAUAUGGUCGUGUUACAUGUAGAGAUAAUAGAAUAUAAAGUGGAAUGGAUUUUCUUGAAACGAUAUGCUACACAGAAAGAAAUUAUAAAAUUAUUAAAAUAUCGUAUCAGCAGGGUAA